UAAUAAACAUUUUCUAUACUAUCUUUUUCAUAUUUGUUCAAGUUUGAUUCUACACUCCCACCAUAUCAACCAUUAUCAUACUAAACUUUUUUCUUCUAAUAAUGGCUGCGACAACACGUUCCCUUGCAUCCUACGAUGUGUUCCUCAGCUUCAGUGGUUUAGACGCACUCUAUGGUUUCACUGGCAACCUCUACAAUGCUCUUUAUGACAGGGGAAUCUACACUUUCAUUGAUGAUCAGGAGCGUUCGAGAGGAGACGCACUUUCCAAGGCAAUUCAAGAGUCCAGGAUUGCUAUUACUGUGCUUUCUGAAAACUAUGCUUUUUCCUCAUUUCGUUUAAAUGAACUUGUAACCAUCCUUGACUGCAAGAGUGAAGGGCUGUUGGUUAUACCGGUCUUUUACAACGUAGAUCCUUCUGAUGUCAGACACCAGAAAGGUAGUUAUGGAGAAGCAAUGACUUACCAUCAGAAGUUCAAAGCUAACAAGGAGAAGCUGCAGAAAUGGAGGAUGGCUUUGCAUCAAGUAGCUGACUUGUCUGGCUAUCAUUUCAAAGAUGGAGAUUCAUAUGAAUACAAGUUUAUUGGGAGUAUUGUUGAUGAGGUCUCUAGGAAGAUUAGUCGUCCUUCUUUAGUUGGUCUAGAGUCACAAGUGACAGAGGUAAUGAAGCUUUUGGAUGUUGGAUCCCAUGAUGUUGUCCACAUCAUAGGGAUCCAUGGAAUGGGCGGGUCAGGAAAAACAACACUUGCUCGGGAAGUUUAUAAUUUGAUUGCUCUCCAUUUUGAUGAAUCCUGUUUUCUUCAAAACGUUAGAGAAGAAUCAAAUAAACACGGGUUAAGACACCUUCAAAGCAUCCUUCUUUUAGAAUUACUUGGUGAGAAGAACAUCACCUUAACAAGUUGGAGAGAAGGAGCUUCAAUGAUACGACAUAGGCUCCGACAAAAGAAGGUUCUCUUGAUUUUAGACGAUGUUGACAAGCACAAACAAUUAAGGGCUAUGGUUGGAAGAUCUGGUUGGUUUGGUGCCGGUAGCAGAGUCAUCAUUACCACUCGGGACAAACAUCUACUAAAAUAUCAUGGCGUUGAAAGAACUUAUGAGGUGGAGGUUUUGAAUCACAAUACCGCUCUUCAAUUGCUUACUUGGAAUGCUUUUAAAAGAGAAAAAAUUGAUCCAAGUUAUGAGGACGUGGAAUCUGCUCUUGAACAUUAUAAGAGAAGUCCCGGUAAUGAAAUCAUCCUAGAGAUUCUAAAAGUAAGCUUUGAUGCUUUGGGGGAAGAACAAAAGAAUGCUUUGAAACAUGUGCCAUCAUCAUCUUCCUUCACCAAUGAUGUGUUCCUCAGCUUCAGAGGAGAAGAUACUCGUUACAGUUUCACUGGCAAUCUCUGCAGAGCCCUUCAUGACAGUGGAAUUCACACCUUCGUUGAUGACGAGGAGCUCCAGAGAGGGGACGAAAUAACGUCAGAACUUGAGAAGGAAAUUGAAGACUCCAGAUUUUUCAUCAUUGUUCUCUCUCAGAACUAUGCAUCUUCCUCAUUUUGCUUAAACGUACUUGCUUACAUCCUUGAGUGCGUUAAGAGAAAACGUUUGUUGGUUUUGCCAAUUUUUUACAAGGUGGAUCCUUCUAAUAUUGGAUACCAUAGAGGUAGUUUUGGAGAAGCAUUGGCUAAUCAUGAAAUGAAGUUCAAAGCUAAAAUGGAUGGGUUAGAGCAUAACAUGGAGAAACUGGAGAAAUGGAAGAUGGCUCUGCAUGAAACAGCUAACUUCUCAGGCUAUCAUUUUAAACAAGGGGAUGGAUACGAAUACGAGUUUAUUACCAGGAUAGUUAAAUUGGUCUCUAGCAAGAUUGAACAGGAUCCUUUCCAUGUUGGGGAUUAUCCAGUUGGACUAGAGUCAUAUUCAGACGCAUUCAACUAUGAUGUGUUCCUCAGCUUCAGAGGCUCAGACACACUCCAUGGUUUUACUGGCUAUCUCUACGAAGCUCUUCAUGACAGUGGAAUCCACACUUUCAUUGAUGAAGAUCUUAAGAGAGGAGAAGAAAUAACACCGGAAAUUGUGAAGGCAAUUGAAGAGUCCAGGAUUGCCAUCAUUGUGCUCUCUAUAAACUAUGCUUCUUCCUCCUCUUGUUUAGACGAACUUGCAACCAUCCUUGACUGCCUUAAGAGAAAAAGACUGUUGGUUUUACCAGUCUUUUAUAAUGUGGAUCAUUCUCAGGUGCGACUGCAGGAAGGUAGUUAUGGAGAAGCCUUGGUGAAACAUGAGGAGAGUUUAAAGCAUAGCAUGGAGAAGUUGGAGAAAUGGAAGAUGGCUCUGCAUCAAGUAGCUAACUUGUCUGACAUUAAAAUCAAACAUGGAGCUCGAUAUGAAUACGACUUUAUUGGGGAGAUAGUUGAGUGGGUCUCCAGUAAGAUUAAUCCUGCUCAUUACCCGGUUGGAUUACGGUCAAAAGUGCUGGAAGUUAGGAAACUUUUGGAUGUUGGACGUGAUGAUGGUGUCCACAUGUUAGGGAUCCAUGGAAUUGAUGGUGUAGGGAAAUCAACACUUGCACGAGAAGUUUAUAAUAAACUGAUUUCUGACCAUUUUGAUGCUUCCUGUUUUAUUGAAAACGUGAGAGAAAAAUCUAAAAAACAUGGGUUACAUCACCUCCAAAACAUCCUUCUUUCGAAAAUACUUGGAGAGAAGGACAUCAACCUCACAAGUGCCCAACAAGUGAUUUCAAUGAUGCAACGGCAUAGGCUCCAGCAAAAGAAGGUUCUCAUGGUUCUAGAUGAUGUUGACAGGCCUGAGCAAUUGCAAGCAGUUACUGGAAAACCUGCUUGGUUUGGUCCUGGCAGCAAAGUCAUAAUUACAACACAAGACAAACAACUGUUAACAUCUUAUGACAUUAAUAGAACAUAUGAGGUGAAGAAAUUGAAUAAGGAUGAUGCUCUUCAAUUACUUAAAUGGAAAGCUUUUAAGAUGCAUUACUUCGAUCCAAGGUAUGAGGAGCUCUUAAAUCAUGCAGUAACUUAUGCUUCUAGUCUUCCAUUGACUUUGGAAAUAUUAGCUUCCAACCUAUUUGGAAAAAGUGUAAAAGAAUGGAAAUCUACUUUCCACCAAUUUGAAAGAAGUCCGAAUAAUCCAAUCGAAAUGAUACUUAUAGUAAUUUUUGAUUCUUUGAAGGAAAAAGAAAAGAGUGUUCUUCUUGACAUUGCUUGUUGCUUCAAAGGAUAUGAAUUGACAGAGGUUCAAGAUAUACUUCAUGCUCAUUAUGGUCAAUGCAUAAAGUAUUAUAUUGACGUUUUGGUUGACAAAUCUCUAGUAUACAUUAGUCAUGGUACAGAGCCUUGUAAUGAUACAAUUACAAUGCAUGACUUGAUUGCUGAAGAGAUUGUCCGACAGGAAUCAAUGACAAAGCCAGGUGAGCGCAGGAGAUUAUGGUCAUUGGAAGAUGUAAGGGAAGUUUUAGGAUACAACAAGGCAACUAGCAAAAUUGAAAUCAUAUGUCUGGAUUACCCCAUAUUUGAUGAAGAAGAAAUAGUACAAUGGGAUGGAACAGCUUUCCAAAAUAUGCAAAACCUCAAAACACUUAUUAUUAGAAAUGGUAAUUUUUCCAAAGGUCCGGAAUAUCUUCCAAAUAGUUUGAGAGUAUUUGAAUGGUGGGGAUAUCCGUCACAUUGUUUACCAUCUGAUUUUCAUCCAAAGGAACUUGCCAUAUGCAAGUUACCCUGCAGUCAUAUUUCUACAACUGAGUUGACCAACUUAUUGACGAAGUUCGUGAAUGUGAAACUUUUGAAAUUUUCAAGCGAAAAGGUUUAACAAAGAUACCACACAUAUCUGGUAAGCUUAAAAUAUUGAGUGCUUUUGGUUGCAUCAAGCUUAGGAUUUUUCCAACCAUCAAGUUGACCUUGCUUGAAGACCUCCAUCCUUCAUGUUAUACUUGAGAGUUUUCCAAAAAUAUCAGAAAAGAUGGAAAAUGUAAGGGAACUUCAUUUGCAGUACACUGCCAUAAGUAUGUCUGUCUAUUUGUGGAGUUGUUCAGUUACCAAGUAGCACUGUCAUGUUACCAGAACUGACUGAUAUUAUAGCUUUUGGAUGGAAAGGGUAGCAAUGGCUAAAACAGGAAGAUGGUGAAGAAAAAGCGGGUUCAAUAGUAUCUUCAAAGGUAGAACGGCUUUGUGCCUAAGGAUGCAACCAUUUAUUAUUUUUUCAAAAGGUUUCAUGCAGUUUGUUCAUGUGAAAGAUUUAGACUGAUUGAUAAUAAUAUCAGAAUUCUUCAUGAAUGUAUCAAAGAAUUUCAAUUUUUAAAGAUGCGACUUGUAGCGAGCAUCUUUUGGAAAUUAGAGGGAGUCAAUCAUACUGAACAUUUCUUGGCAAGAGACUGGAUAUCCUUGACUUCCUCAUGUAUUAUGAAUAAGCAUGUUCCUAAAUCAGCUUAUGUCCUGUUCUUAAUGCAUUUGAUUUAAUAAUAUGUAGUGUACUUAACGUUGGCAAGCUUAUGAAUUCCUUUAUAACUAA